AUGGAAAAUUAUUAUAAUCAAAGGCACGCAUUUAUAGAGUCACAAAUUCGUUUGCUUGAGCAAGAAUUCGAAUUCGAAUCACCAACGGAAGAACAAAUUCCAUUGGCUAUUGUUGACACUGUUUUAAGCAAAUUGAAUCAGAGCAAUAGAAAACAUCAUGUGCAAAUAUUCAAUCGUCAAUCAAUACGUCAAAUACUCGAACAACUUCAAUUUAUCUAUGAUCAAAAAUGUAAAGAUGCUCUAGAAGGGCACAUUAGGGUUGAGAAAAAAGAUUAUAACAAUAUCAAGCAA